GAUGUAAGAGUACAGCAGAAAAUGUCCACUGAACGGACUUCUUGGACAACUCUGUCCACUGUUCAGAAAAUAGCGCUGGGCCUGGGGAUCCCAGCCAGCGCCGCAGUUGCCUACAUCCUGUACCGCAGGUACCGGGAGAGCAGAGAGGAGCGGCUGACGUUCGUUGGGGAGGACGAUGUCGAGAUGGAGAUGCGAGUGCCCCAGGAGGCCGUGAAGCUCAUCAUCGGCCGGCAGGGAGCCAAUAUCAAACAGCUGCGGAAACAGACAGGUGCUCGCAUCGAUGUGGACACAGAGGAUGUAGGCGAUGAGCGGGUGCUGCUUAUCAGUGGUUUUCCUGUUCAGGUGUGCAAGGCCAAAGCAGCAAUCCAUCAGAUCCUGACAGAGAAUACCCCAGUGUCUGAGCAGCUCUCAGUCCCCCAGAGAUCUGUGGGCAGAAUCAUAGGGCGAGGCGGCGAGACGAUUCGUUCCAUCUGCAAGGCCUCUGGAGCCAAAAUUACCUGUGACAAAGAGUCGGAGGGGACGCUACUACUAUCGAGACUUAUAAAAAUCUCAGGCACGCAGAAGGAAGUGGCAGCAGCCAAGCACUUGAUACUAGAGAAAGUUUCUGAGGAUGAAGAACUUCGCAAGAGGAUCGCUCAUUCUGCAGAAACCAGGGUCCCACGCAAGCAGCCGAUCAGUGUGAGACGAGAGGCCAUGGCCGAGCCGGGCGCAGCCGGAGAGCCAGCUUUAUGGCACAGCGCCGGUGCCAGGACACAGCAGGCUUCGCCGCCGGGGGCUCCUCCCCACAGAGGGGGUGGCGACGUAGCCAUCGUGGGGCCAGAAGAAGGUUCCUGGGAGACACCUAACAGUGACAGCGUUCAGAAGUCUGGAGCCCAGACCAGUCCAGAGACGUCCAUGUUUGAAAUCCCCAGUCCUGACUUCAGUUUCCAUGCCGAUGAGUUCCUGGAGGUCUACGUCUCUGCCUCGGAACAUCCCAACCACUUCUGGAUCCAGAUCAUCGGCUCCCGCAGCCUGCAGUUGGAUAAGCUUGUCAGUGAGAUGACCCAGCACUAUGAGAACAGUCUGCCCGAAGACCUGACCGUGCACGUAGGGGACAUUGUAGCAGCACCUUUACCUACGAAUGGCUCCUGGUAUCGAGCCCGGGUCCUCGGCACCUUAGAAAACGGGAACCUGGACCUCUACUUUGUUGACUUCGGAGAUAAUGGAGAUUGCCCACUGAGGGACCUCAGGGCACUCAGGAGUGACUUCCUCAGCCUUCCGUUUCAAGCAGUAGAGUGCAGCCUGGCGCGGAUCGGCCCCGCAGGCGAACAGUGGGAAGAGGAAGCUUUGGACGAGUUUGACAGACUCACUCACUGUGCCGACUGGAAGCCCCUGGUAGCCAAGAUCUCUAGCUACGUCCAGACUGGGAUCUCAACUUGGCCCAAGAUCUACCUGUAUGAUACUAGCAGCGGGAAGAAACUUGAUAUCGGGUUGGAAUUAGUUCGUAAAGGGUACGCAGUUGAGCUUCCCGAAGACAUGGAAGAAAACCGAGCUGUCUCAGACACGCUGCACGACGCGGCCACAGAAACAGACAUCUCUGCCAGCAGCGUGCUCACCGAGACCAGGAAGAGCCCUGAAGAGAGAGCGAACACCCUGUCCUGCCUCAGCUUAUCAGAAGCUGCCUCCAUGUCUGGCGAUGAUAACCUCGAAGAUGACUUCUUAAUCUGAAGUCGGCUUCCGCUGCCUUGGCCAUCCGCUUUGCUGUGCGAGUGCAGCUCUCAUCUGUCUGUAGCAGCAGGAACAGUAGUGAGGAUGGCAGCAGGGGCCCUGCUGCACCCUCGCGUCCCCACAGCCUAAGUACCACCUCUGCAGCUGCUUUCCUGUAGCUCACCUUGCUCUCAGAUCGAGCCCUUCCAAGCCUUUCGUGUCUUUGGCAGAAUUUGCACAGGAUUUGGUGCCUGGAGAGAGGAGCCUGUGCCAAAGAGAUCUAUGCAGUCCUUCCUUCAUUACACGCACGGUCCGGCCUGCUGUGGGCCAAGUGCGUUUUCUCCUUCCGUCGGACUACCAGAAAGUGCGGGGUGGCGGGAGACACGCGUGCCCCUGCUCCACCCCCUCCCACCCCAUCCCAGGGUUUGACUACUGCUUGUUAUGUCCGGGCUGCUCAGCAUCUGGCUUGUUCCCCUCUGCCAGUCCGAUGCCCCCGCCGCUGGGCUGUGCCCUUUGCAAGGCUGGGAAACAGCCAGGGGCUCGGUCUUCGGAAGUGACAGUCUGCGCGCUUCCGACGCAGCCCGUCAGGCGGCUCUGGCUAAGGGAGGGUUUGAGUGAUGCACUGCAGUUGAGUCAGGAGGCAAAGGCAGGACAGCGUAUUUAUGUUAAAACGCCCCAGGAGGUGGGAGAGCACUGCCUCCCAGCCUCAGCUGCCCACGUGGAGACGGGUUUUGCAAAGCGCUGCAGCUGUUCCCUUGUACCCUUGGGUGAAAUCCCAGUUGACAGAGGCGGCUCAGGAAGCACUCUAAACUGCUGAUGUAGUAUCUGUAGUACGUGUGUGCGCGCACACACACACACACACACCGAGAGAGAGCGAGAGCACAUGUAGUUGUUUAAAGCGUGUGGGAGAUUCUUUGCUGAAUAAAGUUCUCAAAAACUUAAAACUAAA